GGACCACACCAGGAGGGAUGCAUUUCCAAGACUGCAAGAGGAAAGUGGACUAUGUCUUAGCUUAUCAUUACCGAAAGCGUACUUCACAACCUGGUGAUGGUUCUCCAGGCCCCUUGCGUAGAGCUGGAUCUUUGGCUAUUAUUUCUAAUGGGGACACUGCCAAAAACCAACCUGAACAACAACAAGAGCAGCAUCAGCAACAUGGCCAAGAUAUGCACAGUCUGGAUGCUGAGGUCAUUGAUUUGGGUCCAUUGGAUGCUUUAGAGGAAGCAAAACAGGAGCAGAGGAAUGAAUUUGAACACAACCUGGUGGAAGCUGGUUUGGAGAUAGAAAAGGAUGUGGAGAAUAAGAGCCAAGGACUGAGUUUUGUCCGGAUACAUGCACCAUGGAAUGUGCUUAGUCGAGAAGCGGAGUUUCUUAAAGUGAAAAUGCCCACAAAAAAGACUUACGAAAUAAAAGAAGAAGGAGGAAUUCUCAAGAGGCUGACUAAAAUAUGGCACAAAAUUACAGAACCUUUGCAGCCCAAAGUGCCACAGAAAAACACCACCAGGGUGAAGAACUUGUCUUACCCUUUUUCCAGAGAAAAAAUCUAUUUAUACAACAUUCAGGACAAAGACACGUUUUUUGACAAUGCUACUCGCAGUCGAAUAGUACAUGAAAUUUUGAAGCGGACAUACAGUACAAAAGCCAAAAAUAGCAUGGGUAUUAAUACAUUAAUAGCAAACAAUACAUAUGAUGCGGCUUAUCCCCUUCAUGAUGGUGAAUAUGAAGGUGAAAAUGAAGAAAUGAAUGAUAGAAAGCUGCUGUAUCAAGAGUGGGCACGAUAUGGAGCAUUUUACAAGUUUCAGCCUAUUGACCUCAUAAGAAAGUAUUUUGGAGAAAAAAUUGGAAUGUAUUUUGCCUGGCUGGGCUUAUACACAGAGUUUCUUAUUCCAUCUUCAGUAGUUGGAGUCAUAGUGUUCCUGUACGGCUGUGUAACCAUUGAAAGUGAUAUUCCUAGCAAGGAGAUGUGUGACCAGCAUAAUGCCUUCACCAUGUGCCCUCUCUGUGACAAGACAUGCGACUACUGGAACCUUAGUUCAGCUUGUGCUACAGCACGUGCCAGCCACUUAUUCGACAAUCCUGCCACUGUCUUCUUCUCCAUUUUCAUGGCACUCUGGGCCACAAUGUUUCUUGAGAACUGGAAACGUUUACAGAUGAGAUUGAGUUACUUCUGGGACCUAACUGGCUUGGAAGAGGAAGAAGAACAUCCCAGACCAGAGUAUGAAACCAAACUACUACAGAAGAAAUCCAAAACUGAAAAAAGCAAAAUAAUCAGUCAAGAUAAGGAUGAAAAGGAGAAGUUGACCUGGAAAGACCGUACACCUGGAUAUCUAGUGAAUUUUGCUUCAAUCUUAUUCAUGAUUUCAUUGACAUUUUCAUUAGUUUUUGGUGUGAUUGUCUACCGGAUAACUACAGCAGCAGCACUGUCCAUGAGUCCCAAUGAGUCAACUAGGUCAAACGCUCGAGUGACUGUGACAGCCACUGCUGUCAUCAUCAAUCUUGUUGUGAUACUUAUCCUAGAUGAGAUUUAUGGAGUGGUUGCCAAAUGGUUGACAGAAAUGGAGAUACCAAAAACAGAAAAAGCCUUUGAGGAGAGGUUAAUUUUGAAGGCUUUCCUGCUGAAAUUUGUUAACUCUUAUGCGCCAAUUUUUUAUGUGGCCUUUUUUAAAGGAAGAUUCGUCGGUCGACCUGGACAUUAUAUGUAUGUGUUUGCUGGUUACCGUAUGGAAGAGUGUGCUCCAGGAGGCUGCCUAAUGGAACUCUGCAUUCAACUGAGCAUUAUAAUGCUGGGGAAACAGCUGAUCCAGAACAAUAUCUUUGAAAUUGGAAUCCCUAAAUUAAAAAAGCUGUUCCGUAAGCUGAAGGAUGAGAGGCCAGAGAAAAAGGAAAGCGAUUCUAACCCUUCUAAGCAACCUCAGCAGUGGGAACUCGAUUAUGUCCUGGAGCCAUUCACUGGACUGACUCCUGAAUACAUGGAAAUGAUCAUACAGUUUGGCUUUGUCACACUCUUUGUUGCUUCAUUUCCUCUGGCCCCAGUGUUUGCCCUGCUGAACAAUGUCAUUGAAGUUCGGCUUGAUGCCAAAAAGUUUGUCACUGAGUUAAGAAGACCUGACACUGUAAGAGCAAAAGAUAUAGGGAUUUGGUUUAACAUUUUGAGUGGCAUUGGAAAAUUUUCAGUUAUAAUUAAUGCCUUUGUCAUUUCUGUUACUUCUGAUUUCAUUCCACGCCUUGUCUAUCAAUACGCAUACAGUCAUAAUGGAACUUUGCAUGGCUUCAUCAAUCACACCCUCUCAUACUUCAACGUCAGUGAUUUUAAGGCUGGAACCCAGCCAGAAAACUCACCAUUUGAACAAGAGGUUUCCUUUUGCAGAUUCAAAGAUUACAGAGAACCACCAUGGUCAGAAAACCAAUACGAAUUUUCUAAGCAGUACUGGGCUGUUUUAUCUGCUCGUUUGGCAUUUGUCAUUAUUUUUCAGAAUCUAGUAAUGUUCCUCAGUGUGCUUGUUGACUGGAUGAUUCCAGACAUUCCCAAGGAUAUCAGUGAACAAAUCAAGAAGGAGAAGAGUGUGUUGGUUGAUUUCUUCUUGAAGGAAGAACAUGAAAAAUUGAAACUAAUAGAGAACUUUAUAAUGCAUGAUAAGCGAAGGAGCCGAGGUGAGACAAGAGGAAGAAGAAACAGGGCUGCAAGUUUCUGCCAGUUCAGUCGCAGUAAACAAGGCAGCUGUACCUCUUUUAGUUCACAGCAUACUGAUGUGUAAUCCUUCAAAGGCAUAUCGACCCCACAGACGAAGACUCACUCCAUUUCCCCAGAGAAAUCAGGAGCUGGAGUACCACAGGGAAUGGCCUUGUGAUUGGUACCUGAAGCUUUUCAUUAGUUUCAUCAUGCAACAGUUCUCAGAAUUCUUUGGGAAGGAAGGCCAUAAUAUUUAAGCUAAUAUAAAGCAGACACAAAUUUUAGUAUAGGUAUGCCUUAAGAGGAAUCACUGUCUUUACAAAGCAUAUGCAAUAUUUGUAUACUUAUUAUGUGAUGGAAUCUUGAAGAAGGGAUGGUGAAUUUAUUGGGAGGAGCAGAGUGGAUAUAGAUCCAUGGAAGAAGGGGAUACUGAUUUUCAGAAACUUCAGGUUUCAUUUUUUAUAAAAUAUUUUCUUAGUUGACAAACCUCAAAAUGCACUAGUAGUAUAUUUAUGACACAGACCUAGCCUGUUUGUAUGUAUCAAUUCAAUUACCAUGGCUCUUUUGCCUCCUGAGGAUUAUGGGUUGGUGAGAGUGCUCAUAAUCUAGCUGCUCUUCUGUCACAGAAUUUCUUGAGAUUCCUAAGAUUAAAUUUCAGGGUUCUCUGAAGAUGAAACUGCUAGCAAAUCAGUUUAUGUCAUUGGUGUAGAUAUACCACAAGAGUGGACAGAACAUAUUGAUGGUUGAAGUGCCUGGGUUAGAAAUAUAA